GCCCCAGUCUACUGUAUACAUUUUCUACACCACUUCACGUUUCAGCGGCCUGCAUCAUAUAACACAGCACCUGUGCCCAAACCGACCAAACGGCUACUUAAGCUCGCUGACGCUGACGACACUUGCGCUCUAACCACGUGAAACAUGCAGUCACUUCACAACUGCGUGAGCUCCGCGCGCUGCAGCGCGAGGGUUUGCAGCCUGCGCCUGCGUGGUCCCGCGCUAGCCGCUCGUUUCGUAGUCACAGUGAGGGCGGAGUCUUCGCCUGCCGAGACAAGCACGUCUUCUAGUGGAGCAACGCAGCCAGCGUCACUGGAUUGGAUGCCGUCGAGCUCCAGCAACUCUCCGCCGCCCUCGGUGGUGCGCGUGAUGAAGGGCGGGCGCAACGUCCGGCUGCUUCGCCCGGACAGCCGGAGUGAGAAGCGCUGGGCGUCGUUCCUGUCCGCGGUGGCUCUAACGUGGCUGGCCUUCUACGGCCAGUCCAUUAUCGAGCAGCUCAACCAGAUGACAACUCUGCCGAUCGAUGAGAUCGACGGCAUUAUCUAUUUCAUCAUUGCGUUCAACAUCGUCUCGCUGGUGCUGCCCAAGUCGCGCUACCAGUAGGGCGCGGAGACCUCUGCAGGAAGGGGUGCUGUGGCGCAUACCCCCGUGUGUGUUUCAGCAGCACCGCGCACGUGUCAGCCGCGGGGCACGGCGAGGCCAACCCCGAGGCAGCGGUUGAAGAAGGGACUGCAUCUGCACUGCAUCGGUUUCAUGUUCGCACGGAGUUGGCAGCGCCAUCAGUCAGUCAGGCGGUGCAGGGAGUUUGCAGUGUGUAUCUAUUCGGGCUUCUCAGCGUUAGGAGCAGGUGAGGAGUGAGGAUUCUUUUUCGGUAGGGAAACGCUCGAUGCAACCUUCGGUCAGACUUCGACCAGAACAGACCCAACCCAGUACCGAGCACGGCAUAUUACCGCAAAGUGGCACAGCAUUUUUGGGCCGCUCAUGCUGGCUCGUGCUGUCCCUGUAUCAGUGUAUGUAUCCUGUUUUAUUUGCGGCCAGCUAUUGCCUGUGUGGCUGCGCCGAAGCGGUGGAAUUACAGAGUUUUUGCUUAUUUUGUGGACGUGUCCGUGUGCGUCCGUCCGUGCACGCCGCGUGCGGCAAUGUAUGAAUGUCACGUGUGCGUGUGUAUGUGGCGCUUGCGGCGCCGCACGGACCAAUGAACUGUCUGUGGCGGUGUGUGUACAUGGGGGUGUGGCGGCUGUGCUAAGCGGGCUGGCGCCGCCAUGAGAAGGCGUGAGGGUAGACAGGGGAGGUCGUGUCGCAUGCGCCGCGGGUAUCGUGUGGCAUGUGCUGGUUUCGCGUGCGUCUCGCAUCUGUGCGACGGCGCGGGCAUCGUGACGAAAGAAUGGAUGAGAAGGACCGUUCGGAGUCGUGUGCGUGCUAUGCCGAUGCACGCGUGUACACGUUUUUUUGGCAGGCUGACGGCACGGCAGAGUUGGGGCAGGUGUAGGACACGUCAGGGCGGAAGGUUACGGCGCGCGUGGCCCAGAAGGCAUCUGCGGGGCACGGCGGGAGGCCUGGGCGGCGCCGCGUACAGCACACCCCGGUAUUCAUGUCGGAAGCGUGUCCACGGGGCAUGACGGCGUAAGAGGCGGGCGGACGAUCGAAUCGCCCAGCACAAAUUUUGCGAGGGGCGGUGGUGUACACCUUGGGGAUGAUGGACUGGUGCGGGCUCCUGUAAGCGCGUUCUGCUGUGGCGCAAGCAGGGUCGCGCUCCUGGCUGAAUCUGCUGGAAACCUAUGUGUGAAGACCAGCAAGUCCCCACCCAUGAAAAGGGAUAGCCCACAUAAGGCAGAUGCGCGGAAAUCAUCUUGUUUGUAAUAGCGAAAUGCAGACAGCGUGUGCACAGAGCUGUGUAAAUGCAUGGAUCCUGUUGCUCAUCUAAUUUCACACGGUCAUACGAAGGCCAGUUGCAGCCGCGGCCUGUUUCGCUGUUGUAAUGGGUGUUCUGA